AUGUCAGCUAUCCUCCCUGAAUCUCCGAAUGCCUCUACUAAACCACCUACAUUCAAGUUCAAUAUGCCCCCACCAGUGCCAAGGCGUCCCAUCUCACUCGCUCGACGAAUAGACGCAUGGUUUUAUGUUAACAUACGAGGAUUGAAUAGGAGUCCUCGGCCGUUGCAUAUCGCAUUCAUGUUGCUGUGGCCUUUUCCAUGGAAAUAUCCACUUCCUCCGCCUUUAUCUGUUCAAGAGCUCCUCGAUGACCCUGAUAUUGUUUUCAAUCGGAGGCAUACCGAAGUCAAUUAUGUGACACUACGCCAAAUCGAACGAUUCUGUUACCGAGACACCCCGCUACGGUCUCUUUACCGUCUUUAUGAAACUGUUGUGGCAGAUAACGAGGACGAAAUGAUGCAGGAAUCCCAAUACUGGUUCCACAGGCAAACCGAUUGGCUGCUAGCAGACAUACCGGACCCUCAAGAUCCCGACCCCAUACGAUAUGCCAUUCUUGCCAGUUUGACAGAUGCUUUAGUGUUAUCCUUCAACUACAAAAUUAAGUAUGGCAUGCGCCGCGGUAUUACCAAUAAACAGCCAUUGAGAAUAGCGGAAUUCCGCAAUGAUCCUAAUCCACCUCUGGAAAGUUCUCCUGCUUGGUGCAAUAAAGUAGGAGCUCUCUCGCAGAGGUUGAGGCUCGUACCGGGGACAAUCAUCCCGAGUGACCUAACACUUCUACCUGGUCCUCUCGUCACUGACAAUGUUCGGCCGUUCGACAAAAGAAAUAUCACAGCUAUUUUUGAUCAACUGUACAAUAUCUGA